AUUUAUUAAUGAAACAUCUAUCUGAAUCUGUACAAAAGCUAUUUUUGAAUGUUCUUAAUAAUCUAUGGCAUAAAAAACUCAUACCAAGUUCAUGGCAAACUCAAUGUGUAAUACCUAUAUUAAAACCAGAUAAGUCACCUGAACAGAUCAGUUCUUAUCGUCCAAUCUCGUUAACAUCAUGUAUUGGAAAAAUAUUUGAAAAUAUGGUGAAAUCUCGACUUGACUGGUAUGCAGAAUCCAAUAAUGUCAUUCCACACAUUCAAUAUGGAUUUCGCAGAGGAAGAAGUUGUGUUGAUAGCUUCAUUUCUCUCAUAUCUGAUCUGAAAAAUGCAAAAAACAAUAAAUUACACACAGUUUGUGUAUUUCUAGAUGUGCAAGGUUCAUUUGACAGUGUGGAUCCUGGCAUACUGGUGAAGGUACUCAGUAAUUCUGGUAUACCUGGACAAUUAUGUAAAUGGAUUUAUGAUUUCCUCAAUAACAGAAUACUAUAUGUUAGGCAUAACAAUAUCUUAUAUGGACCUAGAACUGCAUCAAAAGGUACUAUACAAGGUGCCACAUUAUCACCCUUGUUGUAUAAUUUGUAUACUUGUGAGAUAUGUAAAUAUGUUAAUACUAAAAAUGUAAAUAUACUUCAAUUUGCAGAUGAUUUAGUGUUGUAUAGUUCAGAUGUAAAUUUAACAGUAGCCAUUGAAAAUGUUAACACUGCCUUAAGACAGUUAAAUAAUUAUUAUCAACACACAUUAAAAUUGAUAAUAAAUGCUGGCAAAAGUAAUUUAAUGCUAUUUGGAAAGGACACACCAGUAGUGGAUGUUGUCUAUAAUGGUGAUGUCAUUCAAAGAGUCACCUCACACAAAUUUUUAGGUAUUAUCAUUGACCAGAAAUUGUCAUUUGAAGAACAUAUUAAAUAUGUAUCUAGAAAUGCAUUAAAUGGUGUUAACAUUUUAAGAUGUCUAGCAGGUGUUACAUGGGGUGCAGAUCCCAAAAUACUUUCAUUAUUAUAUAAAUCUAUUGUAAGAAGUCAUUUUGAUUAUAGUUCUUUAGCUUAUUUAAAUAGCACUCAUGUACAUAAAUUGGAUAUAUUGCAGAACAGAGCUUUGAGGAUCAUAUCAGGAGCAAUGUGUUCGACUCCCAUAAGGGCCUUGGAAGUCGAAACAAAUAUUAUGCCAUUGAUAUUGAGACGACUUAUGCUUGCAGAAAGAUACUGCCUGAAACUAUUAUCAUCAAAUAAUAUCCAAAUUAUAAAUAGGAUAAUACCUCACCCAAUCAAUAUAGAUGGUCCACUCACUUCACCAAAUGAUCUCCUGAGAGGUACAUCUCCAACUCUGUGCCAGAUCUUCUUAGAAAUACAAUCUCAUUAUUCGAACAUCAAAAAACUUUCACACUGGUCGUGUUACACUCAUUCAUACAGUUGUAUCACUCAUCCUAUUACGAUUUUAUCCAAUUUAAUCGAAAAUAAUUCAGAUUUACUGGCUUUUAUAGAAGAAAAUAACAAGUAUUAUACAAUCUACACUGAUGGCAGUAAAGGCAAUGAUUGUGUGAGAAGUGCGGUAUAUGAUUCCCAAAAAGAUGUUGCUCAAAGCUUUGCUCUCGAUAAAAAGUGCUCCAUAUUUACAGCAGAGGCAUAUGCAGUUUUUGCCGCUUUAAAAUCUAUAAUUUCUAUAAAUAAUUGUAAAUAUUUUCUAAUUUUGACAGACUCUUUGAGUCUUUUAAAUAGCCUUAAGCAUUCUAAUAUUAAUAAUUUUAAAACUAAUUAUAUUAUUUAUUUAAUUAAAGAUACUGUCUUACGGUUGCAUAAAAAAGAUAUAACUGUUGCCUUUAUGUGGGUACCCUCACAUAAAGGUAUUACUGGUAACGAAAAAGCAGACAAAGCUGCAUAUGAAGGGAUUAACACUCUUAAUGUCAGAAAUGUGGUACAGGUUCCUAUGACUGAUUAUUAUUAUUAUAUCAAUAACUCGAUAAAAAAUUUAUGGACAACAUUAUGGGAAGAAGAUCAAAAAUUGAAAGGAAAAUGGUAUGGUAGUAUACAGGAAAAUUUACAUAUAAGACCCUGGUAUGAUGAGUUGAAUACUAGCUGUAUCGUGAGUCGUGAGUUCGUUACCACAAUCAACAGAUUGCGCUUUGGGCAUAACACUGCACCCGCGCACCUCGCUAAACUUAAUAUUAUAACUAACAAUAUUUGCUCUUUCUGUAAUAAUAACGAGAUCGCAGAUAUCAACCAUAUCUUUUUUAAAUGCCAAAACCAAAUAUUCAUUUUUAAUAGACUAAUAUUGGCAAGUGAAAUAAUGGAAAUUAGUGAUCCCUCCCGCCGCCAGUUGUGUGAUUUGCUCAAAAACAAAAAGUGUUAUAGUGCAUUAUAUAAAUACAUCAAAAAUACCGUGGGGAAGAUUUAAGAAAACAAGUGAAACGAUAGAAUAACAUGUGAAUUAGUGGCCGUAAAUAAGACUUGGCUUAAAGGUCUCGUUACCAGGCCAUAAAAUUAUUAAAAAAAAAAAAAUGAACUUUAGCGGUAAUAUAGUAAAUUCACAAAUUAUAUAGACCUCUGAAAUUACAUUUACCUGCUAUCAGGGCCUUGGGGAGGCUGUGAUUGUCGAUUUUUUAUAAUUAUCAAUAUAAUAUUUUUUUUUGUUGAGAGUUAAAUACUUUCAACACUAAAGCUUAUAGGGUGCGCUAAAUGUUUUAGUGAUAGUUUAAUACUAUACACAGCUAUUUAUUUUAUCAUAUUAUGACAAAAUAAACUACAUACCCUGUUUGUCAAAAUAAUAACCGUGGCUGUAGCUCAGCUGCUCGUAAUUUUCAAGAGUUUUACUUAGUAGUUCCAUGUUUUAAUCCCAGGAAAAAAUGUUCCACCUCUUUAUUGUGCAAUUCGGAAUAUAUUCGUAACGUCGAUAUUCUUCUAUUUCUUGUAAAUGUUUCAAAGCAACCUCUAUGACACUUAUUAGGGAUCCUCGUUCUAGUUUCAAGUCUGUUUUUUGA